AUGGAGGUGCUGGAUCGUGGGAAAGAUGAGACGAUGGAAGAUAUCUUUCUCCAAGAUGAUCUUCACCCGACCAUCGCAGAGCACGCAACAAAGUGCAACUCGCUUUUCCACCAAUAUAUAGUAUUGCCAGACAUUGUGCCGGAUCCUACUAUCAUGGAUGAUCAGCUGGCACGAUUUACACUGUGGGCAGCAAACAUGGACGUGUAUGGACCGCUCAAUGUUUCGCUGGACUACCGGCUUCGAUUCAGUCCCACGGUCGUGGAGAUCAUACAUCAGCUCCUAGGCCUUAUUUGUGAUACCAUGGUGUCUUGCAAGUACCCGCCGCCCCCGGUCACCGAGAAACGAAACGUCGAAGAGUUUAUGCUAACGAGAGUUCUUCAUAAAAGUGAAGCCGAUUCAGAACCCACCGCAGACUCCAAGCAGGAAAAGACAGCCGACGGAGAUCCAGCAGAAGAGAACAUCUCAAAAAUCACCGAUAUCAUUGGCGGAACGGUCACACGGCUCUUUCGUCUCUCCAAUGCUGUUCGAAAAUCCGCGAAAGCCGACCGGGCGCGGAGGAUCGAAAGAUACAGAGAUGAUGAACAAGCAAACCAGGCGAUCGCUGAAUUGCGUCUCUACACAGAUUGCUAUAUCCGGUUCCGUUUUCCAAUGGCACCGGAAUCCCUUCGCACAGCAUUGAUCGAAGCCAAUGCGGUGCGCCUACGACGAUUGUAUUACCAGCGAACCCAUCGAAGGCGCAUCGGCUUGAGUUUGCAGCAUCCGCAAACUGCCCCAACUGUUGUCCAACUGCCGAAGAUAAACGGAAGUGCUCCAGCUGUACGUUUUGACUCGAGCAUGCUCCCAAAGCCUGCGACAACUAAAACGAUAUUGGGAGCAGCAAGCCCCCCCCCUGUGCCCAUAACCAAUGCAACUACUGCUCGACAAUCUGCUGUUAGAGCCCUCUACGCCAAAUCUACGACCGAGGUGCCUCGAGCCAAGUCUGUCCUAGUGAAUAACAAUCUGUCGUUCCCACCAUUACCGCCAACCGAUGAGUGUCCAUACUGUGGCGUCAUUAUUGAAUUCAAGAGCAGAGCGAAGCCAAUGCUGUGGCACAAUCACGUCAUCAGAGACUUAGAGCCUUUCAUUUGUGUUUCCGCACAAUGCUUAGAAGCAGGUCGUCAUGAGACCGGCCCAGCAACAUUUGAGACGUCCGGUGCCUGGAUCAGCCACAUGCAGAAUGCUCACGGGCAUACAUGGGAGUGCAGAGCUCCUUCUCAUGAUCCGAUCACUUUCGAUGAGGAGAUUCACUAUCGGGAGCAUGCCAUUCAGGAGCACGGCGUCCCUGCAACGCAUGUCGGAACCCUCAGCCUCGCAGCACGAAGACCGUUACUUGAUAGAAUAAUGGAAUGCCCAUUUGGCGAUGACUUCCAACCCCCGGACAAGGUCGAGCCUAAUGCUGUCUUUUCGAGUGAAGCUCUCCAGUCACACGUUGCCGCUCAUGUCAAAGAAAUCGCCUUGAUCACGUUGCAAAAGCUCCCUAGCGAUAAUGAGGAAGACACCGAGAACAUUGAUAGUGAUCAGCCGUUAGAGGAUGAUGUGCCGGGGUUUGCGAAAUUCCGUGCAUCCAUGUACAGUGUCAUGGAUGAUGAAGCUCUGGAGUAUCGGGAUGAUGACGCCGUGGCUGCAGAUGGUAUCAAGGACCACGGCGAAGACGAUAUUACUGCAUCGUGCCUCUUGGAAGACGACCGCAUAAGAUCCAGUGCCUCGCAGCAGGAUAACCAUGGCUGGUCUAUUCUUCACCUAGCCGUUCACAGUCGGGAUCUGGCAACUAUUCAGGUCCUACUUGACAGCUUUGCUAUCGCAGAGCCUUCAGCCCUGGUCGACGAGAAUGGGCUUACUGCGGAAGAAUGGCUAGGCCUCGAGCCAACCAGCUACUUGUACAAAGCCACCAGUAACUUAGCCUUUAGCAAGUCACGCUGUUGCAGAGCCGUCACAGGCUUACGACAAGCUGUUAUCACCGGCAGUGUUCCUAUGAUCAGACUCCUCCUCAGACUCGGUCACGACGUCAACGGCAUGGAUUCCGGAAGACGGACCGCGCUCUAUUACGCGGUGAAGACGAGCAUGUUUGCUAUGGUGGACCUUCUCCUCGAGAUGGGUGCAGAUCCCAAUAUCCUCCCCAUGGGACGCAGAUCUUGGAAGGAAUUUAUCGCGGAUGACCGGGUGUUGCGACGGCUCAAUCGAGCUGUUUGCGCACGGCCAGAUGCUGACCCCAGCGUCCAGCGCCGGAUCCAGAUUGCACUCCGAGCGCAUGGCCAGCCUUCCGCCCCGCGUCGAUCAGGCCCGUUACUACCGAACCAGUCAAUUGUACCAUCACCAUCACCGCCGCCGCCGCCAAUGCGAGAACGAUUGCUCUUAUCGGCUUCCGCUCAGUCAGCGUCCUCUCCGCUGGACCACCCCAUUUCGACGACGCCAACACGCCGACCGGCGCCUCAAGCCCAAGCAUCUGACAAGAAACGUAAAGCGAAGUCCGAUGGGUCUGGUCUGACGCGGUUCUUCAGGCGGCUGUUGGGAUAG